AUGACGAAGAAUACUAUAAUAAUUUUAAUAUUUAUAUUUCUUUUAACAAUUGCUUUAGCAGCAUCUAUUGAUGAAUCACAAGUUCCAUCUGAAGAUAGAGCAAACUUUGGAAUUACAAAAUUUAUUACUGGGCUUUUUACUAAACUUCAUACAUUAAUUUUUGGAAAUGAAACUAAGAAUAGUGGAAAUACAAAUAAGAAUAAUAAUAAUUCACCUUUAGAAAAUAAAGAUUUGCUCCAAGGUGAUAUUAUGCUUACAGAAGAACAAGCAGAUGAACUUGUUGAUAAGGUUGCUGUAGAAGAAGCUAAACAAGGAAUUGAUAUUUCUAAAGUAAUGAAUAAUGAAACUGAUGUUAGAUUAAAAAGAAAAUUUAAAGCUGAUGCAAAAAAAUGGGAUUUACCUAUUGAUUAUGAAAUUCAAAAAGGAGACCAUAACCUAAUUGAUAGAGCUUUAAAAUUAAUAGAAAAUAAAACAUGUAUUAGAUUUAAUAAAAUUUAUUGGACAAGCUUUGGUAAACCAAGCUUAAAAUACUUUAGAGGAAAUGGAUGUUGGAGUUAUAUUGGUCAAACAGUAAGAGAUAAACCUCAAGAUAUAAGUAUUGGAGUAUUUUGUGAUACUAUAGGAAAAAUUCAACACGAAACUAUGCAUGCUCUAGGAGUAAAACAUGAACAAUGUAGAGCUGAUAGAGAUGAUUAUUUGGAAAUAUUUCCAGAAAAUGUACAAUAUGGACGUCAAAAUAACUUUGAAAAACUCGACAUUGAUAAUGCUCUAGCAUAUAAUAUCAGUUACGAUUAUGGAUCAGAUAUGCAUUAUCAAGCAGAUGCUUUCAGUGAUAACGGUAACGCAACCAUGUUACCACAUGAUAGACUUUACAAUAAGACAAUAGGUAUGGAUAAUGGAAUGACUUUUCUUGAUGCCAAACUUAUUAAUAGACAUUAUUGCUCAGAAGUAUGUCCUAAAAGUGAUAUUAAAUGUUAUAAUGGAGGAUAUGAAAAUCCUAAUAAAUGCAAUACUUGUACUUGUGUAAAAGGUUUUGGUGGAAAAAGAUGUACUGAUUUUAGAAAAUUUAAGAAAGAAUGUGAUAAACAAAUAUUAUUUGUAACAAAAGAGGAACAAUUAUUACCUUUUGAUGGAAGAAAAAAUUGCCUUAUCCAUUUAAAAGCUCCUUACGGAAAAAAAGUUGCAAUCAAUAUUAAAUAUAUAAAUAUGGGUUCUGUAUAUGAUCCAGUUUGUUCAAAGAAAGAUUCUCUUGAGGUAAAAUAUUACAAAGAUAAAACAAGAACUGGAGCACUUUUCUGUGGAUUGACACAAAAUAUAACAUUUACAAGUCAUAAUGAUCAUGUUAUUGUUGAUUACAAAAGCCGAAAAGAAUUAAGUAUUGCGAAUAUGACUUAUAAAAUUUUCUAA